CACUUCAUGGACUACAUAUUGAAUCGAGGAGUAGGAGGAGGAAUAGGGGGAGGGUUUGGAAGUAUGCUUCGACAGUCCAUGUGUCGAUGUCUACCAUAUGGUUGGUCUACUGCUGUUAUUGGUAAUGAACCUGAUGAUGAUGAUCUAGAUGAAUUGGAGAUACUCCAUGAGACUUCUAAUAUAGUUGAUAAUGUUCGGAUAUUAUCUUAUAACAUAUUCAUUCGUCCUCCGGCACCUCGAUUCACCCACAAUGUAGAUGAUGAUUAUAAAGAUCAAAGAUUGGAAGAGUUUAUCAAGUUUUACUUACAACGUUAUCAUGUAGUUUGUUUACAGGAGAUGUUUGGUGCCUUCUCUGCUCGUCGUAAAAGGCUUAUAGCACGAGCAAGGAGGAUGGGCUUUAGAUGGAAGGUUACAUCACCCCAACGGAGAUCCUCAGGUUUCCUAGUAGAUGGUGGAUGUAUCAUAUUAUCACGAUUGCGUAUUGUACGAUCACGGGCUAUAGUCUAUCAACCCGGAGUGUUCUCAGAUCAACUAGCAGCUAAAGUGCUCUCAGGUGCAUUAUAUGCCCUAUUAAACCCAGCUCCGGGAGUUUUCAUUCAUCUUUUCUCAACACACCUUCAAGCGAGUUAUAGUGAUAAAGCCGGGGAGGUAGCUGCUAAGAUACGGCAGAGUCAGAUCGAUGAGUUGGUCGACUUUAUAAAGAAAUGCACAAGUGAAGAAAAUAUUAAUGCAGUACCUUGUAUGAUGAUGAACAUUGAGGACAUCCUAUCCAAACCUCAUACAAGUUCAGCGUUGAGUACCACAGACUCAUAUAAUUCCCCUUCAGCUGCUGAUAUGAAUAGGCCACCAACACAGGAGGUUAUAGGAAGACCAAGUGAUGACCCAUCCUAUCAUCAACAAGAAGAAUGUGACUCUAUUAAUAGGUGUUGUAAUAAUGAAGUUGGACCUUUAUCACGCAAGCAUCCCAUAGUUUUAGUGGGUGAUUUCAACUGUAAUGCCCGAACUAAUCCACAUAAUGGUGUAGAUGAUUCUGAUGAGUUCAAAUUAAUAAUCUCCAAGUUACGACAGAUUGGUGUAACACAUGAUGUCCUGUUUGAGGAGCUCGGAGAGCAUCCUGUUACCUACGCCUCAGCUGACUUUGAUGUUACAACUCGAUCAUCAGCAGGAGCGUUGGAGUACACUGGUGCAUUCGUACCAUCAGAAACAGCAUUGACUGAUCCUAUUGAUUGGACUGGACAUGGGGAACAGACUAAUCAAUCACUUGAUUAUAUAUUCUAUUUCCCCUCAGCCACCACCAACAUCGUCGAUAAUAAGGCAACACCAUCAGUGAGUGUGAAAUCAGCUAAAGUGAAUAGCUUUCAUUUAACACAGCGUAGAGGAGAAAGGUUGUAUGCCCUCUCUCAAGCAACUAAUGAUCCACUACAGGAGUUUGGAUUCACCCAGUUAUCGGAUCAUUAUGGUGUAGAAGUGGAGCUCUCACUAACCCCAGAGGAAAGAGAUAAAAGCAUCAAUCCAUUGACACUUGUGGAGUAAUGAUAGGCAUAGAGCUGAUGUUGCCCUUUGUAUACAAUAUCAUGUAACAUUAUUGUCCGUCUCCAUCCCUAGUAUGUACGAACAUUAUCACUUGAGGAGGUCGACUCCUACUACUACUGGGAUAGUGUCCCUUCCUCCUCCUCCUCUUACCACUACUACUACUAUUGAUGCUGCUAUUAGG